GAUCAGAGGUCAAGAAAAUGGCGGAAAAUAUUUCGUUGCUGCUGGAGAUGUGACGCCAAAAUUUUUGUUUUCGGGUUUCUAUCCAGCUUACGUCGUCUACGAAGCGUUAGUUUCACCAUUGAAAACAGAGACAUGACGAACUAAAAAUUAAACCAUGGACAUCACUCGAGGCAGUCUGGAGAACAUCACUAAACCGGCCCGGUCCGGUCGGUCCCGUCCUGACAGCAGAGUGUCCCUCAGUAGUGCCUCCUCCAGGAGGAGUUACACUGGAACAUCCCUGGGGUCGCUGGAAAUCCUCACACCAGAACCUCCACUGCUUCAGUAUGAGGAAGAGGACAUAGAACUUGAAGAGUACCUGUCUUCGGGUGACUCUGCCAGUGAGAGCGGGGAGGAGAGCUCCAGGUACGGACUGUCCAGUGAACUGUCGGACGUCCCGCAGUAUGACCGCAGCGGUGCCCUCAGCCUGGGCCGGCACAUGGAGGAAGCCUACAAGGCCGGCGUGGAGGCUGCACAGAAGUCCAUCGCAGCCAGCCAACUCAUUCCUAUAGGGAGGGGGAAUGGAGCAGCUGAUGAUGAUGAUGAUGAUGUUUCUCUUAAUGAGAGUGGGACAGACUCUCCACUGCCCAUCACUGAUGGACAGAAGGAAGGAGAGGGUAAAGGAGAGGAUAAUGAAGAGACCAUUGAGGACCCAAAGCUACGAGCAGCCAUUAAAAAGAUGGAAAAACUUGACCGCAUCUUGGCCAAGAAAGUGUUAAGAGAGAAAGAAGUCAAGAGACAGCGGAUGGACCUCUUUAAAAGGUUGAAAGACGAGAUGGGUGACAUCAAGCCUGAAGGAAGGGAUGAACAGAAGGAGGUCUCACACAACACCAUGAAGUUCCUCGCUCUAGCACCGCCGGACAGUCACAACCAAGGUGGACAAAGUUCCCGCACUGCUUCUCAGCAGAGCUCUGUCACAGGUGCUGCAGGCGGCAAGGAGGACCAGAGAAGGAGAAGACGGGCCAAGAAAAAGACAAGCAGCAAGGAAGAAGGUUCUACGGACAAGGAGAAACCCGAUUUCAUCAAGAGAAACAUUCAGUUGGCCUCUGAUGCUAACAGCCUGAUUGCGAUGACUGAUGAUGAGAAGAAGCGACUAGAAGAACUGCUGGAGAACAUUGAUACGGAAGAAGACAAUCAGGCUGGAGACACACCUGUGAACCCUUUCCAGCUGUCACUGGUCCCCGGCACAGGUUUCACACCUGAGGAGGACGACAUCAAGGCACUCAGGGACAUCGACUCCAAACUACAGGUGUUGUUACCACCCCAUGAUUAUGAGUCCAUCUGUAGCAGCCCCAGGAACUACAACAUACAGAAUGAUGAGCUGUUCCAGAUGACGGACCUGCGGUCCUCGCUGGACGUGAUGCAGCUGGGGGAGCGCGUGCUGCGGGACACACGGCAGGUCCGCGACCAGCAGCACCGACUGCACGACAUCGAGAGGGAGCUGGAGGAACUGCAGACACAGGUGGAACAGGAGAUGGAGUCUCCCAGCCUGUCAGAGUUCCAGUUACAGGCCCUGCUGGACCAGUGUGCCCAGGUGUCGUCCCGGGCCACCUCAGAGACCCAGUCCCUGCAGGAGUCCCUGUCGCCCAGGUCCCAGGCCUCCUCCCGGUCCUCCCGCAUCACCAUGGCAACCGUGGACACGCCCAGGCUGCCCGAGGACACCCUCAGGAAGCUGUUGGAGGAGGCCAGCAAGUCUGUCCGAGUCAGACGGGACAGCGAAGAGACUGAACAGCAAGGACAGCCUUCCUACAUGGAGAUGGCAGAGGGAGCACUGGGCAGGAGACUGGCUGUGUUAGAUGUGAAUGGAGAGGUGGACAGGCCGGCUGAAGAUGUCUCCUCCCAGCCUGAAGGGGAUGGCUCCUCCUACCUAGCCCGGGCGCAGGCCCUGCUGGCAGCCAGGAAACAAGACGUGCUAGUUGAGUCGGUGUCCGAAGACACGAUACAGGAGCUACUGCAGAACCCCCGAGCGACAUCGCAGUCGAGCUCACGACCUCCGUCCAGCUGCAGCAGCCCCAGGACUCCCCGGGGGUCUGCGGAGUCGGCCGCGUCUCCACGCAGGCCUGCCGCAGCACCGCAGGAGGGCCCACCACAAAUGAGACUCUCCCUGGAACAGGGCGGCCGAGGUGGCACACGUGAGGCGGGUUUAAUGGAGACUGAGCCGGGGCAGGAUUAAGUCUUCCCGAGGUCACGGGGUAAUUUCCUGUCCCGCGAUCAUCUGUCCUCGGUGUCCCGGACUUCACCGCGUGACACAACGUCACCCCUGGCCCCGGACGCCGUCCCCUGCCUUGGGGCUGAUUAAUUCGUUGAUUAAUCUCAUGGGGACUGUGUUAACCAGGUGUACUGAGGGGGACAGGGGUCAGCUCAAGGACGCUGGCAGGAUGCCCACUGCCAAGGUCAGACAUGAUAGUCCUGGAGGGGGGAUGGUACAUGUAUACAUCUCUGCUGCUGAAGUUAAAGCUGCUAUCAGUUUGAUAAACUAGCGUGAAAGUUCAUCUCUGAGUUUGUAAAUUAUGUAGCAAAAAUUAAACUCAAAAAGAAUUUGGCACACUUGAAUUUCUGACCAAAUACUUGAUGAACUUGCUGUAAAAUAGUCCAUUUGCAACCUCAUGUCCACCAAAAAGUAAAUACAUUUUUAGAUAAAUCCACUGUAAGAAUUCUGUCACUGUUGCAUCCAAGGAGAAAAACAAGCCCUAAGCUUGUGUUAUCAAGCUGUACAUACAUACUGGCCGUGCACUUGUACUUGUGAAUAUAUUUGCUGAUUUGGCGGGAACGUUCCCUCUGAAUGAUUGUCUUUGUUUAUCUAAGCUGGCCUGUUCCCAAUGGCACUGGCUGUCCAGGACUGUACUGUAAAUAGUGGUGUAAUAAAGUGUCAGCCGAGACAUACAUCUGGACGUGUU